UUUUUGUUUUUGUUAACAGAUCAUGCUGUAUCAAUUCUAACAAAAUGGUUUUAAAAAAUGUGUUUUAAUUUCCCUUGAAUUGUAAUAUAAUAAGUAUUAUAUUUAUUUAAUAUAUUUAUAUAGUUUUAAUAGCUUUUUAGGGAGACAUCUGUAAAGGAAAAAGCUAUUGGAAAAACAUGGAAAGGGUUUUUGCCGUACUUUGAUCAAGAAGUAGAACAUUAAUCAAUGAUGAAUCAAUCACCCAUUUUCAUAUUUAGAUUUAGCUUCCUUUAGGUUAAAUCGACAAGGGUAUCUGAUUGAAAGAAAAGUUUGGGUUCGGCCGAAAAGUUCUCAAUGGUUUAAUGAGAUUUUUAAUCAAAUGGAGGAAUGUGAAUUUAAAGAGCAUUUUCGAGUAAAUCGUAACACAUUUAAUUUCCUAGUUAAUGAAUUGCAUCAACAUUUAGGCAAAAGUACCACAACUAUGCGAGAACCUAUUUCAGUAGUAAAACGUGUUGCAGUUGCAUUACAUUAUCUAGCUUCACGUGAAGAGUAUCGUGUUGUGUCUAGCCUUUUUGGCAUAGGAAAGUCAACAACAAAUUUAAUUGUUCAUGAAUUUAUUAAUGCUGUUAAUGACAUUUUGCUCCCUAAAUAUGCUAAAUUUCCAUUGUCAGUGGAAAAUUUAAAUAAACAUAGUAGAGAUUUCGAAGCUAUUCUUGGUUUUCCACAAUGCGUUGGAGCUGUUGAUGGAUGCCACAUCUCUAUUUUAGCCCCUUCUGGAUCUAAUGGAUGCCACAUCUCUAUUUUAGCCCCCAAGCAAUUUCUUAUUAUAAUUAUAAAGGGUGAAUCAAGUCUAUUUGAUAAAUGUUGUAAAGAGCUGGGCAAUUCUCUUGUUCCGCUAUGUUUGAUAGGUGAUUCAGCAUUUCCUUUAACGCGUCAUUUGUUAAAACCUUAUCCUGAAAAUUUGGAGCUUAGUGAAAUUCAAAAAAAUAUCAAUAAAAUACUUUGCGGAGCUAGAAGAGUAGUUGAGAAUGCUUUUGGGCGCGUUAAAGCUCGAUUCCAAUGGCUUAUGCAUCAUCAUGAUGACAGUCUAGCUCAACCCAAUACAGUUUCUACAACUGGGAACAAUGGACCAGGAAAAAAUGUUCGUGACUCAAUUGCUAAAUACCUUUAUGAAAGGGACAAGUAA